UGCUUAUGAAACCACGCUGACAAAUGAAGGUCUCAACCGGCUAAAGUGCGGUGGUGUAUGAACGUCCGAAAUUAAACGGCUUAUUUUUCCGCAGUGCAACAUACGCAGCGAAGAUGGCGUCGGCCUUUGGUCGCCUGACCAGGCUCUCUGCAUUUAAAAACGCUGGUAUGACAAUAUUUGCUUCAGUCAAGGGCUCGGGAACAACAAAGAUUAUUUUUCGGACCGCUGUAUGCACUGAAACUGGUGGCAUUCAACCAAAACCUAAGAAGACCUCGUUUGGCCUGCUCCGCAUCGCUACGGUCGUUGUGCCGUUCUUGUACGUGGGAACUCUAAUCAGCAAGAACUUUGCCGCCCUGCUGGAGGAACACGACAUCUUCGUCCCAGAGGAUGAUGACGAUGAUGACUGAGGGCUCUGGAUAGUACGUAUGCGCAGACGCUCAAAUACCCACAAAUCUGCGGUCGAAUGAGUGACUCAUGUGGCUAUCAUGCAGUAGAGAUGU